CUUCGGAGCGGGUGUGGAGAGCCAGACAGGCUGAGACAGGCGACCAUCAGCUUCGGUUCCCCUACUUUUGCUGAGGCUCCUCGGAGAAUAUACGGCGGCGCCACAUACGAAAGAUUAGUACAUGGGUAGUUUUGCGCAGCAGAUGGCGGGUCAAAAGGUACUCGGGGUCCGAUGCCGGCGAGAUGGCGAGACUCGAGCGCUGUGCGCCCGUGUCACAUGGGAGCGUGGAGGCCGGAUCUAGCGUCCCAGCAUUCUUGUAAUUCCCUCGAGGUAACUGGACCCUGCGAUGCCGCGAUGCCGCGAUAUCACGACGUCGGCUGUUGGGGGCGCCCCCGCGGGUGCUUGCGUGCGUGCGUGCUGGAGGUGGAUGUUGCACAGGCACGGCACACGAGACCCCUCUUUCCGGGGAGGAGGUGCAAAUACGGGAGCGCUCCGGCCCCUCCACACCCUGGCGGGCUGCGGCAACACGUCUGACAAGGCUGAGGAGGAGGUGGUCGAGCGCGGCCGUGGUUGGAGGGGGGCGGGCGAAGGCGUGAGAACCGGUGGGUCAGCGCGCUGGAAGCAGGCCGAUUCGAAGACGGCGCCCACCACCACGGAGGAGCACAACCUUUCUUCCCUCUGUCUCGCGCCAGACGACGCUGCGGCGGCGGCGGCGGCUGUCUCCUCUCGCGCUCCCCUCGACGACUGCGUGUCUGCGGAGGGGCCCAUACCUAGGUAUCAAGCGCUUGCCACGCCGCGCCUGCUCACCGCCUUUCUCCUCAGCAAUCCGGCGCGCGCUGCAGAUUGCGCAGGCGGCCGUGGCUGGUGUCGCGCCUCGCCUCUCGCCUCUCGCCUCUCGCCUCUCCCCAGGUGCGACUCUCUUUACCCAGCGGAGCCAUGCACGCGUCCCGCAAUUCACCUGCCCCCCGCGCCCACAUGCUUUGCAGCCUUCCUCGUCCAAGACCGAGCACCGACGCCAAAACGAGGCCGCGGGCGCGUCGACCAAGGCCCUCAUGUACCUCGACCGUCCCCGAGAGCGUCUCGCGGCCUAUCGUGCCUCGCCCGAGCGCGGCCGGGGCUCCACUGCGACCUGUCUGCUGUCGCUGCGCGCCCGCACGCGUCUCGAGCAGCCGCCGGCGCUCGUCUGAUCGAGGCCUCUGCAGCAGCCCGGCUCGCCAUGCCUCGCUGCUCUCAUGCUACUGUAUGCCUUGGAUGCAAGUGCUGGCGGCGGGACCCUGAUAUUGCUGACGGGAGGGGGCAGCAGUUCGGAUAAUCUGCGUGAGCUGUUCGCCCGCAUCGCGCUGCUGGGAUGCCCUCCUCCACCGCACCUCUAUAUAAAUCCCAAAUACACGUUCCAGGAACGCCCCGUGCUGGCCCUGCUCCGUUCGCCAAGCAUCCCGUGAGUGCCUGUGCACGCACUGCGCCGUCGACAAAUCCAAAUUCACGCCCGAGCCCCCUCAACCACGUCUCCGCAACGGCCGACUCAUGCUCGCAGGCAUGCCUUACAGCUAACAGCCGUUGGUCCUCGCCCCUUUGGGCGUUUGGCGCAGGUA